CCUUCGAGUCGAUCAACCAGGUCUUUCUUCAGCUCAGAUAUAACAGUCCUUCUUGCCAAUUUGGCUGAUGUUGGAUUUCAGCUUGCUUAUUCUCGGAAUGAUCCUGGAGAAGUUAAUAGUCCCUUCCCUAAUCCUGUUAUCACAAUUAUUCUUAUCUAUUCUAUUCUAGCUUGUUUUAGUGCUAUUCUGCUUCUUGUGGGCGGUGGUUUUAACACAAAAUGUGCAAUCAUAUCUGGUCUAAUUUGUGAUUCGUAUAAACUUUAUGACGGCAACAAUAAACUGAAAGCAAUAUG